AGCACGACGCGCUCAUCACUGAGACUGGACCUCGCGCCUUCACCGGGCAUUCAGCGCAUCCGCAACUGCAAUCAUGGCCGCACCGCAGACUGUUCAGGCUGUUCGACGAUGGAUCCUUACUGGCUCCGUAGCUGCCAUCACCGUCACUGGCGCCCUUUACGGAGCCGACUUGAAGAGCAGCUAUGAGAAGACCCAGGCACAAAAGCGAAUCGCGACCAUCUCGGCCGAUGAAAAGAUUGCGCACUACCAAUCACUCAUCGAAGAAUGGGAACGCACAAAGAAGGAGCUGGAACGCAAAUUGGAAAACUUCCAGGCGAAGAAGAGGGGUGAGCAGAGCAAGCUGCACACCACGGGGUUCUACGUCGCCGAAGCGCACCUUGUCCUUGUGGCGAAGACACACCGUCUUGGAAAUGAAUCUGGUUCGGUCAACAUCCGGUUCCACCGCUGA